AUGUGCUCAGACAGAGGCCUGGAGUGCGUAUAUCAAGACGCCGCGUCUCCGAGAAUUGACAGACAUGAACCGAUUGAUGCUCACCUGGGUCGAUUGAAUGCAAUCGAGGAUGUUCUACGGCAACACUCAAUGAUUAUCAACUCCUUACGCCCAAACCCGCCACAGACAUUCGACACAUCCUCCACACCGACGUAUGCCUAUGAGGACAUAUCCUGCGUAAAUACGACUCGAACUCAGCAGGAUGAUGUGAGGCGUGAUCGCUCUACAAGCAUAGUGAAUGAUGCGCCGGGCGACUUCGCCAGACAAUCGGACGAGCAAGUGCCUCCACUGACGAUUCCCCUCGGUCAUCAGACUAGCACAAGCAGUCUCCUUACACUCUCUUCGAUGCGCUCUCUGGUGGGUGACUUCCCAGAGGAGUUUCUAUUCCUGGUAGAGGAGAAUCGUCCACAGCCUCCGUGGUUACAACGCGUCGAAUCAGCGUCCGAUGAGGUAGGACAAGACACUCUCCAGCUUGAGAACUCAUUCGCAAACACCUGUUUUGAGCGAUUCUGGACACUAGUGCAUCCGUACCGGCCCUUGUUUGACCUGGAAGACCUUCAAUCACAAUACGAGAGAACCUUGAGCGAAGGGAUCCAGGAGGACCCACGCUCUGCCCUCGUUCUGUCUCUCCUUGCAUUGGGAGCAACUGCCUUGGACCCUAUCGAAGCCGCCGCAACCAAACACAGCGGUGAUGCGAUGGUCAGACGAGCUCUUCGCAUACUAGUUCCGACAUGGGCCACGACGUUUAGCGGAGAUCUCGUUCUGUCUCAGGCACUCAUUCUUUGCGCGCUUUACUUCUGCUAUGUGGUCGACCCAUUGAUGGCCUGGAGGCUUACACAUAUGGCAUCCACAAGUGUGCAGCAAAUUUUGACCAUGACACCCUCUAGGCGCAGAGAACAUUUGUCCAAAAACACCAAUGAAGGUGUCAUCAGAGUCAGUUGGGCGUGCUUCUUAAUCGAAUGCGAUAUCCUUGCCGAAUUCCAUCAACCCAGAAGUGGUAUCGAACCGCUGGUUGAUAGGAUGCCCUUUCCUGCAUACAGCAACGUCACAGCAUUAGAAAGCUUGUACUCAUUGGCCGACAUAUCGGCCAGGUCCUUGCUCAAUCGAAUUCACCAUACUAUGUACUUCACGGACAGUCUCUCCCUAUAUGCAGGUCGGUCACAAAACUCAGGCGGGAUCCUCUCGUCCGAUCCCGAUGCUUCACUGUUAAGAGUUUGCGAAGAACUCGAUCGCCAACUUGAAACAUGGUACGAAUCGCUACCAGAGGCCAUCAAACCAGAUCUUUGGGGCAGACCCAGGGGCAGUGACCAAGCUUGUGUUCUGCGCCUGAGAUAUUGGUCCGCCAAACACAACAUCUAUCGACCUUUUGUGGUCUAUGCGGCGUCACGGGCUACAGAACAUGAGGGCAGCAUACCGGUGGCGGCUCUUGAGCGUUGCCGGCUAUGCCUCUCUGCGAGUCGGAUAUUCUUGCUAACUGCUGGCCAUGUUCUGUCGAGCAGAAGUCCAUACACUUUUAGCACAGCACAGUGCUGUGUAGGCUACGCACUGAUUAUCGCGCUCGCUGCGCAAACCACUGCUCUGGCUGACUCAGUAGAAGAUGUUUCAGAGCUAUUGGAGACAGCAGUUGGACUUGUGAAACCAUGGGCACUCCCUGGAUCGAGCAUUGAAUGUGGCCUUGAAAUUGUGAGUUCUAUACACAGAAAGCAGCGACUACGUAACCUUAACCUUCGGGCGCGUUAA